AUGGAUAAUAAGGCUUAUGUGGAAGAUGAUGAGAACGAGUUCGUUGCAGUUAAAAAAGUCAAGACGCCGGAACAGUCGUCGCAUAGCUUCGAACAGGCCAUUAGUCUGGCUGGCGUUGGAUGGUUCCACUAUAAGCUGCUCCUCAUCUGCGGCCUGUGCUUCAUGUCCGUCAUGGUGGAGAUAAUGGGCGUUAGUCUGAUAAUGCCGCUGGUUAAGUGCGAUCUCAAGCCGACCAUAACGGAGCAGGGUGUGCUGGCAUCGGCGGGAUUUAUGGGCGUCGUCCUAAGCUCACAUGCCAUGGGCUUUCUGGCCGACACCUGGGGUCGUACGAAGACGCUACGCUAUGGUCUCGGUUUGGCCGCCAUCAGCUCGAUUGUCUCUGGCUUCUCAGUUAACAUCUGGAUGCUGAUUGUGUUGCGCUUCUUUGUCGGUUUCUUCAUCUCCGGCGGCCAGGCGUGUGUCUUCAGUCUGUGCGGGGAGUUUCAUGGCAGCGUUUCGCGGGUCCGUCAUGUUACACUUCUCUCCGGCUUUCUCUGCUUGGCCGUGAUGUUUGCCCCCUCCAUGGCCAUUGGCAUUCUGCCGCUGCGCAUCGAGACGAUAGUACUGGGAAUGCGUUUCAGUUCGUGGCGUGUGCUGCUCAUCGCUGAUGUCUCCAUUAUUAUAUUGUCGGUAAUUGGUCUUUGUCUGCUGCCGGAGACGCCGAAAUAUCAAUUGGUGCAGGGGAAUGGGGAGGGUGCUCUCGAAACUAUGCGUACGAUAUUUGCCCAAAACACGGGCCGUCCCAAAUCUGAGUUUCCCGUCCAGUUGCUAACUGUGGAGGACAGCGGAUCGAGUUUGUCGAGCAUAAAUGGCGUCUGUGAUGCCUUCAGGCUGGUGUGGCAACAGACCGUGCCAAUCUUUUAUCGCUCACGCGUCUUCCAUACCCUUAACCUCUGCAUUAUCCAGUUCUUUGUCUAUGGCAUAGCGCAGGGCAUCUUCAUGUGGUUCCCCACCAUACUCAAUGAACUGAAUGGCAAUAGUGAGGGCAGCUCGCAUCUCUGCACCGUUCUCCAGGCCGUGGACAGCACCAGUGCCAGCAAUUGUGAAGAUGUCGACCUAACCACGUACUACACAAUGAUCAUCAUUGGAGCCGCCUUUACGGUCGUCUACGUGAUCUUUGCCUACACCAUUGACUACGUGGGAAAGCGUAAUUUAGUGCUAAUUUGGUUCGCACUUACGACCAUUAGCCUGCUGGCUCUGCAAUGGAUCAAUCAAAUGGCCCUAGUGGUGAUUGCUGUUACCAUAAUUAUGGCGAUUGGAAACUGUGGCGGGCUGAUCGGCACAAUCGCCAUCGAGUUCUAUCCGACCUCGAUCAAUGCGAUGAGCAUGAGCUUCAUUAUGAUGGUGGGUCGUCUGGGGGCCGUUGUGGGCAGCAACGUCUUGGGUCGUCUGCUCUUCAGCAGCUGUGAAGUUGUCUUCUGGACCCUAUUUGGCAUAUCCGUGCUAAUUAUAGUUAUGGGCUGGUUCAUGCCCGACAAGCGUCGCCCAAAGUUCUAGUGUACGAGUAUUGUAGUCUAGUAGUUAAAAAGUAGCACUCUUUUUCGCACUCAAGCCGCUUACAAAUGAGGAGAAAAG